AUGGAGAACCUUCGCUUAAUAUAUGAAAAACAUGGAGGAAGUGAGUAUUAUGGUGAGGCUGUAACCCAAUAUGAGCAUGCUUUACAAGCAGCAUAUUUUGCUGAACAAUAUGCUCCAAAUGAUAAUGAAUUGAUUAUAGCUGCAUUUCUUCAUGAUAUUGGUCAUUUAUUAGGUGAAAAACAAGAAGAUUUUAUGGGUAAUUUAGGUGUUCUACGACAUGAACAUAUUGGUGCUGAAUAUCUUCGUAAACAGGUUGGUUUGUCAGAACGUAUAUGUUAUCUUGUUGAAAAUCAUGUUAAUGCUAAACGUUAUUUAACUCAUAUUGAUAAAGAUUAUUAUAAUUGUCUUUCGGAUGCAUCAAAACAAACACUUGUUUAUCAAGGUGGACCGAUGACGAAUGAUGAAGCAGAAAAAUUUCGUUCACAUCCUCAAUUUGAACAUAGUCUUCGGAUGCGUACAUUUGACGAAGCAGCAAAAGAUAUUCAUUUUAAUAAGUAUGAAGGAAAAGCUGAUCGAUAUUGGAAUUUAGUUGAACAAUGUAUCAGUAAAAACUAA